UGUAGGAAUUAUGCGCACGACUGGUGAAACUAUUUUGCAAACAACAGCGAAACUAGUGGAAGCGACUACUAAGGCCGGUAUGCACUGUUUCUUUCAGUUAUUUAUGUAACACUAAGUUAGCAUGUAGCUCAUAGUGUGUCUGUCGAUCUGGAUAAAUACGACUUUAACGUCCCUUUGUUAUUUCUGGUUAUGAACAGCAGCUUGUAUGUGUUUUGCAGAAGAGGUGGCUUUAUAUGUAAAUUAUUUACGGGAACGAAAAUAGGAUAAGAAAAAAAACUUUUUCGAAAAUUAAUAUGGCGUCGAUUUGUUAUGGUGUAUAAGUGUUAAAUUUCGAAGAAUCAACUUAUAAGUAGCGGCUGUUUCCAAAAACAAAAAUAUGUGUGUCUAAGUCCGGUUUCUGGCUUUUAUCGUGUCACGAACGCGGGCGUCGCUCGGCGAUUGUCUUAACGCAGCUCGCGCGCUGAUCGCUAGAAAGUAGCUGUUGUCGCGGCGCGAUCGGGACCAACUCUUGGUUUUAGCAACAAUAGCAACCUUUUAGCAGGCGCGAUCACUGUAAGAAAAAAUUGGUCAAUGUUCAAAAAUUCAAAAUGUUAUGAAACCUUAAUAAUAGCUUACGGCAUGAGUAAUAUAGUCUUGCGUGAUCACAUCACGCGUACGCCGUUCCGCGACGUUCGCGGUAAAACCAGCGUGGUUCAUUUAAACGCGAAUAAAUAGUAACUAUAGUAAAACACUUGAAAGGUGUUGAGCAUUGUAUGAGCUUGAAAGAAUAACCGUCGGUAAAAGUCGCGUCUUAUUUCGAGUCGCACAGCGAAUGCGUUAUUGUGCCGCGAAGUUUCAAAGAGACUCUCGUCGCGCUUUGCAAUAAGAAAGUGGACUUGAGUGAUAAAGUAUCAGCAUUGGUAACGUAGAGAACGCCAAUUGGUAGACUGCCUUUACGAAAAAUGUAUUUUUCUAAGAAUAGAACAAUUUAAGAAGUGCUAAUGUGAAAGAGGAACACCGAUUUCGUGAAUUAGCGUAUGCUAGUCAACGUAUGAUGACGUCUGAUCAUGUGGUCAGUCGAAUUGUGGGAACGACUGGUGAAAGUAUUUUGCAAACAACGGCGAAACUAGUGGACAGGUAUGCACUGUUUCUUUCAGUUAUUUAUGUAACACUAAAAUGUCGUGUAGAAGUUGAUGUUGGUAUUUUACUGGAUUCAUCUUCAAGUAUCAAAGAAUGGGCUGUAGUUGUAAAUGCCACUUCCGAAUUUGUUUCUGUCUUGAAAAAUCAAAAUGUUUCAGUCUUGUUUGGUGUUGUUCUGUAUGCAAAUAGACCACAAAUAUUUCGACAUUUUAAUCAGCCUGUUACUGUCGAAGAUAUCCGUCGAUUGGCCCGUAUAUCAGGUGGCACACAAACAGAUCUAGGUUUGAACACAAUGAAGCAAGAUAUAUUCAAAGAGAGAAAUGGAGAUCGAAAAAGGGUAAAAAAUGUGUGUGUGGUAUUUACAGCUGGUGAAUCGAAUGAUAGAAAAGCAACUGUGAGUGCGGCUAGUAGCCUGAAGGCAGAGAAUGUUGAAAUCUAUACAGUGGGUGUUGAAAAAGCUAACAUGGAAGAAUUAGAAGCAAUAUCUACUAGUAAGAAACAUGUGUUUUUCACUCAUGAAAUUCGAGAUUUAACUCAAGCAUUGUAUGGAACGUUAAAAGCCAUAUGUCCAGAUGCAUAG